AAAUAGCUAUUUGGACGCCCAGCUCUCAGUAUAACAACCCUAGCAGGCCCUCUUCUAUCAUCUGCACGUGGACCUAGUUCCUUCCUUUACUGAAGAUGAAGUUAGUCUCGCUGGCACUGCUGGUUGCUGUUGGAAUGGUCUUCAACGGUCAAGGCUUCGUGGCUCUCGAACCAGACCAGAUCAUCAGAAGUCUGAUAUACGGUCCCACAGGUUUGGUGGGCAGUCCUCGUUACUGGAAAGUGAUGUUUGCUCUACAUAGCGGCAUUAGCGAUAACGAGUGGGUGGUGUCCAAAUUAGCAGCCCGGGACAUCCUUGCCAUUUUCGACGCCAUGCCUGGUCCGUCAAGUAUUUCCCUCUCAAGACAUAGGAUUGGUCUAGUAAGAUUCUCUACCUGGGCACAUGUCAUUAUCCCCCUGGGGACUUACAUUUUCUACCCAGCCAAUGAUGCAGCUAUUGCCGCCGUGCCGAAAGGACCUGGAGGUGGGGCUAAUAUAAACCUUGCUUUAGAGCUGUGUUCUGGUCAGCUUGGUUUCUAUGGCAACCGCCUAGUCUGGAUGACCACUGAUGGGUACUAUACCAAUGGGAUAGACCCGAGGCCCACGGCUUCAGCCAUGAAGCAGAAAGGAAAUAUCAUCUGUAUCGUUGUCAUUGGCGACGACGCCAACAUGGCUGUGAUCAACGGCAUGGCGUCCUGGAUUAGAGUCCCUCCAUUUUUCUUCGGGAAAUGUGUCCUUAGAUACAGUACCUACGCCGAUUACAGGGCUGCCACGUACGCUGCCCGCCGUAGAUUGCCACCAUCUUAG